GGAAUAGAAUGUCAUUUCAUUUGUUAUUUUGAAAAAUGGCGGCGAAUUUGUUUAUUAUUGGUGAAGCCUAGUGAUGAACCUUUUAUGAUAUUGAUUUAACAAUAUCUUAUUCCUUUGUUAAACUGGUUUUAGAUAGCAGCUUCAUUUUAUACAUUUGUUUAAUUAAUUUUAUUACUAAAAAUGUCUGAGGGAGCGAAGCCUCCGGGCUAUAUGGCUCAGCUGUUAGAAGCUCUCGGCUGGAACCAAGGAACCAGAAUACCUCUUGCAGAUGCAGCGAAUAAGGAACUUGAAACGCAGCUUAUUGACAGACAAACUGAGUUACAGCGACUGAAAGAGGCUCUCACAUCGCAAAAACAGAAAAAAGAUGACCUCAACAAUUACAAGAAACAUGUUUACACUGAAUAUCAGGAGAAUACACGCUUGCUAUUCGCGCACAAGCAGCAGAUGGAGCAGGAAGUUAAGCUGCGGCAGUUGAGUGCCAACGAGGCAGACAGGCUUGACCGAGACGUGGUUGAUUCUCAGAAGCAAAGCAAGGAAAUUGAAAAUAGAAUUGACAGGCUACAAACUAUGAUCAGUAAUCUCCUGAGAAAGGCUGAUUCUAUGAAGAGUGUAGUCUGCGGUGAGCGUGGGGCUCUUGAAGAAUGGCGAGCAGCCCUCGAUAGAUAUUCUUGUGACAUCACGGCUAUGGAACAGUUUACUAAACAAGACACAUCUAAAGCUAAAGAAUUGGAGACAAAAAGGCAGAAACUGAAGCUGGAACAUGAUCGCAUGCAUGAGCGCCUGGUGCAGCUUGUGUCCAACCUUAGUGCAGAAGAGCGGGCAUGUGACCGAAUCUCCAUUCAGGUAACGCAAGGCAUGGAGGAGAGAAAACAAAUGAUGGCGAUGUGGACAGCUGCUGUUGAGAACUUGAGGCAACGUGACAAGGAUAUAAGGCACAUUCGAGAGGAUUACGAAGUCCUGGAGAAGGAGGCGAACAAGUUGGCGGAACAGUGUCGCGAACAGCAAGCGUUCUGCGACCAGCAGCGCGGGAAUAACAACGACGCUCGCCUCGAGAACAUGGCGCUCGCCUCGCAGCUCAGUCAGAUACGCAUCUCUUAUCAGAAGCUGGCAGAAGAUAAUGCUACGCUUGAUAGUGAGGCUCAAAGUCUGCAGCGUGAGCUGAGCAACAUGCGCAACACGCUAGAGAAGCUUCACAUGGAGAACAGGCGGUAUAUAGACGAACAGCUCCGCAUAGACAACGCUCUCAAAACCACUGAUAACAAGAUCCAAGAGCUGAAAGCAAAGUUGACGGAAUCCAUGGACAAAUCUAAAUCCUCAGAAAAGAGGGCUAAGGAGCUUGAAGAAAUAUUGAACGAUGAAGAGCGGUACGCGAGCCAAAUAACGACGAACCAACAGCGCGCAAUGCACUGCUCUUUCAUAGAACAACAGAAGCUCCUGGCUCUACAGAAUGAGGAGAAACUGUUCUUUAUGCAACUUAAAGCUUCAAAGGCGGUGUGCAGCAAGCUGCAAUGCAAGCAGCGCGGUAUACAACGACUACUACAAACUCAGAAAGAAUCUCUCUAUAACAUUUGCUACCAAGUGGAGACGAUCGGCGCCCGCGUGUCGCACAUGGAGGGGGCGCAGGCCGAGCGCGAGUGCUCCGCCGUGCUCGUCGAGCGGGAGAACAGAAUGAAGAACGUGUACGCUCGUCACGCGGCCCGCGUGUCGCUGCUGGAGCGGCACUCGGCCAAGCUGCACGACGACAUGCGCCGCCUCGCCAGGGAGGUCGAGCAUCGCAGCGCUGAGCAUACCAAGCUGCAAAGCCGGCUUAAAACAUCGAUGCUGAACGUGGAAGGAGGCGAGAAGGAGCUGCGACAAGCUCGCGAGGAGUGGCGACGUGCGCGCGUGACGGACGCGCUGCUGCGCCUGCGCGUGGCGCAUGCCGCCCGCGCGCUGGCGGGGCUGGACGACACCGCCUUCAAUCUAGACGAGCAGAGGCUGCAUAUUGAUGCUGCGAUGAACGAGCGUCUGGUGGAGAUCAAGGCUCGUCGCGAGAUGUUCAGCGUGCAGAAGCGCGCGCUGCUGGAGGACUGCGGCAAGCUGCGCGGAGAGAUCCGCGAGCGACAGCAGCGCAUCGACCAGCUCAUUAAACGAUAUAGCAUAUUUGUUGAUUCACUGGGGAAAGACGAUUCUGGACAGCAGCUAUCUGUGACUUAUUUUAAAAUCAAGUGGGCGGCGGAGCGCGCGGAGCUGCGCGAGCGCGGCGCGGCGCUGGACGCGGAGCUGGCGCGGCGCGAGCGCGACGUGUCGGCGCUGGAGGCCACGCUGCGCGUCGUGCACCACGCGCACCACCACUUCAUGCACCACAUCUCGCCGCUCAAGGACGACACCCCUGAGAUGGAGGAGCUGAACAACCUGCGGUCUCAGUUCCACGCGGCGCGGGACAGCACGCAGGCGCUGCAGAGCAACAUCGCGCGCCUGCGCCAGCACGUGGCCGACGCCGAGCCGCGCCUCGCCAUGCUGCUAGACAAGAACAAGCAGCUCGCUGCCAGGCAGGCGGAGUCUGAGCAGGAGCUGGACGUGGCCCGCGAGCGCAUGGAGCGGCAGCAGACGCACCUGCAGCACGCGCGCGAGCUGGUGCGCGUCAACGCCAAGCGCGCGCAGAAGCUCGUCGAGGGCAUGGACGAGUGGCGCAUGUUCCAGGUAUCGCAAUGGAACCGCGACAUGUCAGAAGCUGCGCAUACAGCGGUGGUGGCGCUGAACGACCUGGCGGCCGCCGCGCCCGAGGUGGCGCCGCGCCUCGCCGCGCUCGUGGCGCAGACCGACCUGCUGCGCCUCGUGCCCGCACACAUGCGCCGGCUGCGACGCGUGCUGCACAAGCUUGUGGCUGAGAAAGCAGAAAAAGACAAGAAGGAGCCCUGCAUCGAUAUUGAAGAGUCACUAUUCUCAUCGUCGUCAUCGAGCACGAAGAGCGGCGUGAGCCUGGCCAGCGGCUACACCAAGCGGCUCGCCGGCUUCCGCAGGCAACUCGCGCCCAAAGUACAGGAGGAAGCGUUGAUCAACGACAUUCCUGAUGAAGCUCGUCGUUCUACUGUGUCGCUGCGGGUGAUCACGUUGGCGCUGGAGUCGACUUCCAUGGUGUUGGACCCGACAUGCCCGGGUCCGCUCCGAAAGUCACUCUUGAAGUAAUUCGGUAAAACACAAGCAUUAACGCUUACGCUUUAUAAACAACUUGGGUUAAACUUGUUCUGGAAUGAAUUUAGGUGCGUUUAAUAAAAUCUUACUAAUUGC